GGCAAUGAGCCACUCCAUGAUUGGUUGGUUAGAUGGACAGUCGUCCUCUAGAACACUCCAUCAUCAUUACAACCUUUGAACAGAGAGAAAAAAUCUGUCCCGAAGCAAGUACACGACAAGCGCCUUCCUUCCUGGUGUCUGCCUCUCCUGCGUGUGGGAAUCUUUCUCCCUUUUCUUAUCCGUGCAACGAGGGAUCGAUGUCUGCUCGAGUGUCCCCCUCCGGGAACCACUUCACUCUGCCGCUGGUUUGUCCCCACCGGAAAAGCUCUCCCUUUUAAUCGCCAAGAUCGCUCCUUUUCGUAAAAUCAAGAAAUGGGUUCGCUCUUCUGCAUCCUCGCGUUCGCUCUCCUCUUGCCUCUCGCUUGCGCCACCAGCAUCAAGUAUUGCGAUAAUUCUGGGGACUAUGUCGUGAAGGUGAGCGAUGUUAAGAUAUCGCCUAACCCAGUGGUUCCAGGCAAGCCGACCACCUUUGACAUCUCUGCUUCUACAGGUCAAAAUCUCUCCAAUGGAAAAGUGGUGAUACGAGUUACAUAUUUCGGGGUUCAAGUCCAUACGGAGACCCACAAUCUCUGCGAAGAGAUAUCCUGUCCUAUCACAGCAGGAAAAUUUGUGCUAUCCCACACCCAAAGUUUACCCAUAUUUACUCCUCCAGGCUUGUACACUCUAAGGAUAACCAUGGAGGAUGAGCUGAAUCAGCAGUUAACCUGCAUCAGCUUCAAUUUCAGUAUCAGAUUCGGAUCUCUGGUCUUCAACAGUUGAAAAUCCCCUAUACCCAUAUCUUUAGGCGACUUCAAAAGGUCGGAUACUGCUUUCUUUUCUGAACAUGAUUGCCCCAUGCCAUAUUUCACUGUAUUUCCUGGUGUAUUAUUCUUCUGUAUCUCGAAAGUACUUUGUAUCUCCCUUGUAAAUGAAAAUAUGUUUGCAUCUAGACGCCUUAUAGGUGCAUUGCAUGUCAUAAGUCAUUUCAACUUCAGCUGUCUCCGGAUGCCAGCAAAGGCGCCUUUCGUAAUCAGAUAGACAGGAAGAUCUACAUGACACUGCAAAGAGAGCAUAAUGAAAGAUAGAGGCAUUCAGCAGCUAGCAGAGAAGUCAUGCAUCAAAAGCUGUCAUUCUUUGAAGGCAGGGUAUAAUGGCCCGAAAGAUGUAUAGGCAGUGAAGAUACGUUGUCAAGCAGUUUAGGGGGGGUCUUAUGUUAUGCUGUUCGAUUGGGUUGAAAUUACUUCAAUUUGAUCACUACUUUUUUUCCACCUGAGCUAGUUUGGUUCGGUUUCAGCUCCCCAAGGAGAACCAAAUCGAACUGAUGUUAUUCUGCAAAGCGCUUGGAUGACA